UUCUGCGUCGCUGAAAGAUGACGUCAUUUGUGCGUCCGGGUCAUGUAUAGAAAUUAUACAUGAGUAGCAGGUUCGCAGUUUUUCUAUUUAUUAAAAUAUAUCUGUAGCUUUGUCAUUUUUAUUCGAGCACCCGGUCCGUCUGCUUUGUGCUUCAACGUUAGCUGGCCGCUUGGCUUAGCUUUGCUGGAAGCAUGCUUAUCGCGGAAAUCAUAAAGAAUGCUAACUUGCUAGCUGGCCAAUAACCUGCCACGGAAAACUCUGGAAUUUCUUUAGCCUAUAUAGCUAGCCACGGUAGCGGCUAGCCGGGCUGUGCUGGCAGGGCUUGGAGAUGAGCGCGCCGGAGGACAGACCGCAAAUGGCCGUCUCAGUGGUGUGUGGAAGUGAAGAAGUUGACACUUUGGAGAACGGAAGACAGGAGGCAGUGAUAUGCUUGGGAAGCGAAAUAAAGAGCCGGGCGGUGGUGAAAUACUCCGCUGCCCCGCCGCCGACCACCUACGCGCUGCUGCAGGAGAAGACGGACCUGAAACUGCCCCCUGCGAACUGGCUGAGAGAGAGCUCACAGCUGGGGCCUGCAGGCACGACUGUGCUGGGCUCCAGCAGCAGGAACAAGCCCUUCUCUAGUUUUGGGAUGGCGUACGAUUUCAUAGAUUCCAUUGGGAACGACGUUGAUGUUGUGUCAGACUCAGAGAACAUCAAGAAGCUGUUGAAGAUCCCAUACAGCAAAUCCCAUGUCAGUAUGGCUGUUCAUCGUGUGGGACGGACACUUCUUCUCGAUGAGCUAGACAUUCAGGAGCUGUUUAUGAGAUCCUCCCAGACAGGUGACUGGACAUGGUUAAAGGAGUUUUAUCAGCGAUUGGUAGAUCAAAAAUGGGAAAGAAAAAAGAAGAGUAAGGAGCACUGGUACCAAAAGGCCAUUUUGUCCAAAUUCCUGUAUUAUAGCAUUAAUGGCGAUGCUACUGCGGAGCCCGUUCCGGCCCACUCGGGCAGCCAUGAUGAGGAGGUCAAGGAGUGCGGACCUGGACCGUCCUGGCCAGCAACCUUCACCAGCUCUUCUGAUUCAGAGACACCCACCACUCCCAAAGAGGAGAACGUUUCUAUGGAGAACAAGUAUGCCUUGGGUCAUGUGGCCUCUGUUACUAAAGAGCAGAACCUUCCCACACUUUUUAAUGAAGGGGAAAACAGUCAGGGUCUGCGGAAUGACUUUGCCCGAAACAUUUUGUGGACAUUUGAAGACAUUCAUAUGCUGGUGGGGUCAAACAUGCCUAUCUUUGGUGGGGGGCGAUAUCCAGCUGUCAGCCUGCGUCUCAGGGAUAACAAUAAGCCAAUUAAUGUUCUGACUGGUAUAGACUAUUGGCUGGACAAUCUGAUGUGUAAUGUCCCAGAACUUGUCAUGUGCUUUCACGUCAACGGCAUAGUACAGAAAUAUGAGAUGAUAAAAACCGAAGACAUCCCACAUCUGGAAAACUCCACAUUUUCCACCAGGGUUGUGAAAGACAUUGCCCAGAACAUUCUUUCAUUUCUCAAAUCCAAUUGUGCCAAAGAAGGUCAUACAUAUUGGCUCUUUAAAGCCAGUGGGAGUGACAUUGUGAAGCUGUAUGAUCUCACCACAUUGUGUGAGGAAGCGGCAGAGGAGAAAUGCCAGAACCCUUUUACUCUGCCUGUGGCUGUUCUGCUUUACAAAGUGGCCAGCAACAUGAUGAAGAAGAACCAGAACAGGAAACACUAUGGUACAAUUAGAACUCUCCUUCUGAACUGUAUUAAAUUGUUGGACCAGGGAAGACAUCCUCAGAUCAUUGCCUCUGCCAACUACAUGCUAUCUGAACUUUUUCAACUUGACGAGUCCCCUGAGGAGAUCAGUGCGGAGUCGUUUCGGGGAGGUGGCUCGGAGGACAGCUACAGCGAAGAGGAGGACGAAGAGGAACUGCCGGAAGACAGCGAUGAGAAUAGCUCCUAUAGCACCUGCUCCGACCCGCCGGAUAUUAGUAGGGCUGUGGCUGUGAUUAAAUCGGUGGUUGAACUCUCAGUUCCAGAGAAGUACAAGUACACUGACCAGAUCCGACCAAACUAUGCAUUCCCAUUCUCCCAUGACAAGGAAGAGCGAUGUCGCCAUGUUCUUAGCUAUGUGCUAAAGGGCUUGAAAGCAGUAGACAGCAGUAUUAAGAAGGAGAGUGAUCUACCUGCAGCCGACCCAAAUACCCCUAUUCCUCUGAAGUAUGAGGAGGGGAGUGACAGCACAGGGCAGAAUGCUGUAGAAAAAGAGAUCUCCCUUCUCCUGGAUAGAGGUCCUUACCAGGAGGACAUCAAACACCCGACACGUUCUGGCAUGAUUCCGGGCUCUUGGCAGCAUCGAAUGAAGCUCCAGCUUUUCCUGAAGGCCUCAAAGGCUUAUUAUGUCCUUUCGGAAGCGGCCACCAACCUGCUGAAAUACGGCCGGGCCCUGCGCUACAUCAAACUGGCCCUGCAGUGUCACGAUGCCUACUGCUCUGUGAGCAGCAGUUUACAUCCAGAGGUGCUGCUCUUCCACAGCCAGUGCUUGUCCCUGUGUGGUGACAUCCAGCUGAUGCUGGCUCAGAAUGCCAGCAGCCGUGCUGCUUAUUUGGAGGAGUACAACUAUCAGACCAAGGAGGACCAGGAGAUUCUGCACAGCUUGCAUCGCGAGUGCAGCUGCCAAGCUUUUAAUAUGGCCACGGAUCUGGCCAUGGACCCGGAAUAUCAGCUGUUUGUCAGCUGUAAGUGCUACGAGGCAGCAUUUGAGCUUCUUACCUCAAGCAACCUGAAGACUCAACGCCCGAAUCAACUGGCCCAGGUCCUUAAGAGGCUCGGCAACAUCCGCAAUGAGAUGGGCGUCUUCUACAUGAACCAGGCGGCGGCCAUGCAGACUGAGAAGGAAGUGAAACUGUCCGUGUCAGCAGCCGAGCAGGAGAUGUGGAAGAAGAGCUUCUCCUUCUUCGAGAAGGGCUUAAAGGACUUUGAAGCCAUCGAUGAUAGCACCAACGUGGCACUUCUCCUCUGCAACACUGGCCGACUGAUGCGCAUUUGUGCUCAGGCUCACUGUGCCGUCUCUACAGAUGUUAGCCGUGGUGAAUUCUCCCCAGAGGAGGCGCUGUACUACAACAAGGGCAUCGAUUAUUACCUGAAAGCCAUGAAGUCCCUGGGCACCAGGGAAGGUCAUGAAGCUGUGUGGGACUCCGUCAACUGGGAGCUUUCGACUACGUACUUCACCUUGGCCACCCUGCUGCAGGACUAUGCCCCUUUGUCAAGAAAGGCCCAAGAGCAGAUUGAAAGGGAGGUGACAGAGGCCAUGAUGAAGUCCCUCAAGUACUGUGACCUGCAGACUGAGUCGGCUCGCCAGCCGCUGUACCAGUACCGGGCUGCCACCAUUCACCACCGACUGGCCUCCAUGUACCACAGCUGCUUCCGGAACCAGGUGGGGAACGAGCACUUGAGGAAGCAGCACCGCACCCUGGCUGAGCUCCACUAUGGCAAAGCUGUACAGCUGUUCCUCAGCCUGAGGGACGCCCCCUGUGAGCUUCUGCGGGUCCAGCUGGAGAGGGUGGCUUUCGCGGAGUUCCAGAUGGCAGGACAGAACAGCACUUCCUCAAAAAUGAAGACUCUCUCAGGAGCUCUGGAGAUCAUGAUAGAGACACGUCAUGCCUUCCAGCUCAUCCACAAAGACCUGCUAGAUGAAGGCAAAGUGACUAUAGUGGGGGAUGGCAGUGAGACCCCGGGGCCCGAAAGCUCCGCCUCCGCUGGCAUCAGCACACAGGAAGUGCAGAAGCUGAUCGGUGUCUUUGAGCCUAGCUUUUCUUUUCUCCUGCUUCACUUGGUGAAGCUGAUGACAACCAGCAAGCGUAAGCCCAGUGGUACCAAAGAGGAAGAAGCAGUGAAGAUAUACAAGCAGAUAUACUCCAGGCUUCUUCGUGCUGACAAGGCAUCUCCACUCGUCCACCGGGUGGCGCUAUACCUCGAGCUGCUCGAACAGCUCAGCCAUCAGUCUGACUGUAAUGACAAUGUAUCAUCACCAUGAAGGGGACCAUGACCACCUGGCGGUCCAUCCAUCCGAGGUCCUGCUAUUCUGUACACACUCAAUUUAAAAAUGAUACACACAGACAUACACACUUCACCUUCACCUGCAGUGCCUUGUGCAGACUGUCUGCAAUUGUAUAAUAAGUCUAAUGCUGUAUGCCCUUGUUAACUGUAGGGGUGAAAAAUCAGUAUCUGCUUUUUUGUAAAGCUGACUUUAAAGGGAACAUUUUUCUUUCUCUGAUCUACCUGAAUCUAUGGAAACUGCACUGCAACGAGACACGGCAUGCAGUGUACAGAAUAACGUAAUCUGAAUGUUUGAAUUGUCAUAGACCCUAAAGCUUCUGUUGAAAACCAAUAUUUAUUACAAAUCUGUCUUUUUUUUUUUUUUUUUUUUUUUUAAAUGUGCAAUAGUCAGGACUGUUCUAUGCAAAUAUUCCUGAUGGAUUUGUUUCAGUCAUAGUGUUGUUUGUAUGCUGGUAGGCUGUUAAUUUCAAAUAAAAGUCUGAAUGUGAUUUGUUA